AUGGGUAAAUCUAAAAGAAGAUCUAGAGCUUCUCGCUUCAAAACUGCUCCACUGGGGAAAAAAGACAAAUCUGCUUUGAACGAUGAAGCAGUCACCGUUAAAAGAAUUCAACCGCUUUUGAAACAACUUCAAAGCGCGGUACCAAAUGACAGAAGCAUGGCAUUGGGGAACGUGGUGGUUCUUUGUGAGGACCCUUUUAUGCGAAAACUGUUCUUAAAAGAAAAAUUGGUGCAUUUGGUGCUAGCCAAACUACUUUCGGACGAUAACAUGGACAUUGUGGUGGAAGCGCAUGGACUUUUGAGAAAUCUAGCUAUUGAAGAGGGCUACGAUGUGUGUGUCUUUUUGUGGAGAUCGGACAUCUGGAAAAGCAUAAGUUCGGGAUUUGCCAAAAUCGAGAAAUCGCUACAAUGGCUGUCAUCCAAUACUCCAGCGAAAAAAGAGUCUACGAGGCAACUUUUUGAUUUCGGGGACAAUCUACUGUCUCUCAUUGUCGCAUUGGUCAAUGGCUGUGCCUUCAUCUUGGACGAUAUCCUGGGAUCAGACAAGUCACAGGAGAUUUUCGCCAUUGUGCGCUCGAUAACAGACUAUGGACUCGAAGGUAAAGACGGCAAUUACACCCUUAGAAUUCCAAUCUCUCUCUUCAAUUCCAUCUUAGAUUUGCUGUACGAUUUGAGCUCAGAAUCUCUAGAGUUCAUUGAAGCGGUAAGUGCCGAUUCGUAUCUAUCCGAAUUUAUUAAAGCACUUCCAAGUUUGCAAAUGUCGGCAGCCAACGAACUGACGGGCGUCCUGACUCAGGGAAUUCUUCUUCAGUUUUUGGACUCGGAUAUAACGUCAGAGCAGGCCAAUGCUAUUAAAGUCAAAGUGUGCUCAACUAUCGAGAACAUCAACUUGGAACAGAUGAAGAAGGCUUUAUCGAAUACUGAUAUUGAUAACGAGCUCAAGAGUUCGUCGAAUGAUCAGAUCUCUGGCAAAAUAAAAGAGUUCAAUAAGCAACGAGCCUUGGCGGCAAUGCAUCUGCAGAGUAUCGAAGCCACACUUGACAUUGUGACGGCAUCUCUGGAGCUGAUCGCAGCAAAGGCUGAAACCGAGAGUGAGACUACAAAUACGGAACUGAUACGAACCUUGACCGUUUCACUUCCAGUGGUUUUCCGCUCGUUGUUUGAUGAUUUCAAGGUGCGGGUUUUGAUCGCUUGGAACAAUAUGCUGUGGUUGUACUUAACACUUCAAAUCAACUUUCUCGAGCUUCCUAACGAUGCUUGGCAACAGUUGUGGGACUCUUUGUCCACAGAAAAUGAGACAGAGAGCAGAGACUUUAGUUUGCGUCUGGGUAGGCUGGGUGUAACGUGGGCGUUACUGAAAACAGUGCAAUUACAGGAAUCUCAGACCGCUUACUUGGGGUAUUUGAAAUGUGACAAUAUUGAUUUUGUUUCAUCGAUCAUAGCCCAGUACAUGGAAAUUGAGGGCCUUGAUAAAGAAGAAAUUCAAGAUCUAAGACAAAGAUGCUGUGGUGUUUUAGGGUGCAUUGCUAUGCUUCCAGGACACAUUGAACUCAAUCGCCAGAUAGGGCAGUUUUUGAUAGAACAAUUGGCAAGCGAUAAAACCGAUUCAGCUACAUUGGUUGAUAUUUGCGAUGUCGUGAUUGAUAUUUACUGCGAUGCCAACUUCGACUAUGACGAACCGGUAUUUGUGCAAGGCGGGUUCGUGAAGGUCCUUCAAAAUAGCGUAGUGACGAAUCUCAAGCAAAAUUUCAAGUUUGUGGAUAAAAAUAAAGAGCCUGACUUGAAAGAUAGAUGCCAGCAGACCUUGAGCACGCUGGAACGAUUCAUCGACUACAAAUCAUCAGAGCGUCGGUAA